AUGGCUGAAGCAUCUGUGUCAGAGGAUGAGCUGCGUAUGAAGCGCAGAAGCAGCUAUGAAUUCCUGCCUCCUGACAUGUCUGAGCUGAGGGUUGUUCUGCUGGGGAGCAGCUGGUCUGAGAGGAGUUCAGUGGGGAACUUCAUACUGGGAGAGACUGAGUUCAACACUGAGGAAGAACCAGAUCACUGUCUGAGAGUCAGUGGACGGUUAAAGGGGAAAAAAGUUGUCGUCAUCAACACUCCAGAUCUGCUGCUCCCCAACAUCUUCCAACACAAACUAAGAGAACAUGUAGAAAACUGUGUGAGCCUCUCUGAUCCUGGACCUCAUGUGUUCCUGCUGGUUCUACAGCCUGAAGACGUCACUGAGAAACUCAAAGUAAAGCUCUGCAGAGUCCUGAAACUCUUCGGUGAUCAAUCGUUUGAUCAUUCACUGGUUCUGAUAUCGACACCCAGAGAGGAGAGUUCAAGAGUCAGGGAAAACUAUCUGAACCACCCACCCCUGAAGAACAUCAUCAGAAUAUGUAGAGGACAGUUGUUAUGGAAGAAGACCACUGAACUAUCAGAGCUGUUGACAUGCUUGGACCAACUUGUGAAGGAGAACAGAGGAGAUCAUGUGAGCUGUGGAAUCUGUCACAUUGUGCGUGAAAACAAAGGAACCUUCCUCACCUUCACUGAAGAGAUGAAACCAUCUUUAAACCUGGUUCUGUGUGGGAGGACAGGAUCAGAGAAGACCUCAGCAGCCAAGGCCAUUUUAGGUCAGACAGAGCUUCAUUCAGUCUCCAACUCAUCAGAGUGUGUUAAACAUCAGGGAGAGGUGUGUGGACGUUGGGUUUCUCUGGUGGAGCUGCCUGCCUUGUAUGGAAAACCUCAGGAGGCAGUGAUGGAGGAAUCUCUCAGGUGUAUCUCCCUCUGUGAUCCUGAGGGCGUCCAUGUCUUCAUCCUGGUCCUACCUGUGGGUCCCCUCACUGAUGAAGACAAGAAAGAGUUACAGACCAUCCAGAACACAUUCAGCUCUGCAGUCAAUGACUUCACCUUCAUUCUGUUCACUGUGGAGUCAGAUCCUAAAGCUCCAGCUGUUGUUGACUUCAUGAAAGAAACCAAGGAGAUCCAGGAUCUCUGUCAGAGCUGUGGAGGAAGAUAUGUUGUUCUCAACAUCAAGGACCAGCAGCAGAUCCCAGAGCUGUUGGAUUCUGUUGAAAAGAUGAGGCCAUUUAAGGGUCGACCAUGCUGCUAUACGACAGAAACAUUUACAAAUGCAGAAAAAGAGAAAAACAACGCCACACUACAGGCUGAUCUUAACAACCAGAAAACACAGACCACAUCCAGCUGUGAUGAAGAGAAGCAGAGCCCAGAGUGUCUCAGGAUUGUGCUGAUAGGAAAGACUGGCAGCGGAAAGAGCUCCUCAGGAAACACCAUUCUAGGAAGAAAGGAGUUCAGAGCUGAAUCGAGUCAAAAAUCAGUCACCAAACGUUGUCAGAAAGCAGAGAGUGAAGUGGACGGUCGUCCCGUCGUCGUGGUCGACACUCCUGGUCUGUUUGACACAACUUUGUCCCAUGAAGAGGUUAAUGAGGAGAUGGUGAAAUGCAUCAGUCUUCUGGCUCCUGGACCACAUGUCUUCCUGCUGGUGUUACAAAUUGGCAGAUUAACACCAGAGGAAAAGGAGACAUUAAAACUCAUCAAGGAGUGCUUUGGGAAAAACGCUGAAAAGUUCAUCAUCAUUCUCUUCACUGAAGGAGAUUCACUGGAGGAGGAUGAGCAGACCAUUGAUGAGUACAUUAAAGAAAAAUGUGAUGAUUCCUUUAAGAAACUGAUCGCUGACUGUGGAGGAAGAUACCAUGUGUUUAAAAACCGCGAGAAACACAACAGAAUGCAGGUCAGUGAGCUGAUCACCAAGAUUGACACCAUGGUGAAGACUAAUGGAGGCGACUGCUACACUAAUGAGAUGCUGCAAGAGGCCGAAGCAGCAAUCCAGAAGGAAUUGAAGAAGAUCCUGAAAAACAUGGAAGCAGCGAUGCAGAGAGAGCUAGAGGAACUUGAACGACAACGUGAGGAAGAAAUUAAAACGAUGGAAAAAAGAAUGGAAAAACAGAGAGCAGUAAUUGAGCGGGAAAGCGAAUUGAGAGUGAGAACGCUUGAGGAAAUGGAAGAAAUGAUUAACACGGAGCGUGAGCAGAUAAAGAAAGAAAAAGAAAAGAGGAAAGAAGAAGAUAAAAUGAUGACAAAACAGGACGAAAUGAAACAACUCGAGUGGGAAGAUUUGGAGGAAAAAAUAAAGAUAAAUUCUGCGUCAGAUGAAGAAAAGAGAGCUGAGCUUGAGCAGAAAAGAGAAGAGAUUAGAAAGGAAAAGGAGGCCCGGGAGAAGGAACAAAAUGAUUAUUGGGAAGAACGCAGAGAAAAAGAAUACAGACGAAAGCGGAACAAAAAAAGACUCAAAGAGCUUCACAUGCAGAAUGAGGAGGAGAGAGAAGAUCAUGAAAACGAAGUGAAGAAUGAAGAACAAAACAUUGGAGAACAGGAGGCAAGAGGAAGAAAAGAGUUAGAGGAAAGAUAUAAGAAAAUAAGGGAUGAAAUGAAGAAGAAAUAUGAAGAGGAGGCUAGAAAGCAAGCGGAAGAAUUCAAUGAAUUCCGACAGAAAUACAUCAGUAACUUUGCAGGGCUGAUGGAGGAGAACACGGAGGAGAGGGAGGCACUAAAGCAAGAGCAAAGGAGAAAGUAUAAACUGUUAGACGAUCUCUCGUGUCACAAAGAAACAAAGCUGAAAGAAGAACUCAGAGAAAUAGAAAGAAAACUCAAAGAAAUGGAGACGGCUCAUGAGCAGAAUUUAAGUGAUUUAAAAGUGAAAUACAACAACAAAUGCGUCAUCCUCUGA